UGCUUUGGGGUUCAAACGAAGAUGCUUUUUGUACACCUUUUGCUAAUCGAAACCUGGCUUGCGCGCUUCGUCUGACAUUACGGUAGGUCUUCAGGUGAAGGGAGAGGUUGAAGGUGCGGCCCGGGGGAAUGGGUGGAGCUUCGGGAGGGACCGCAGGAGCGGCCUUUGCCGAGUUUCUUCAUAAGUCAGCCGGCAUAGGUACCGAAAUGACAAGAAGAGGACAGCAGCAAUAAGGUGAGUUUAUGCAUGAGUAGUUUAAUGUGUGUGUUAGCUCUGGAUGAAUAUGAAGCACAGUUUUAAAGAAUGAGUUUUGUUUUGUUUGGAAUUCUUUUUACUUUUAUUUAGUAUUUUACAAUUAGAUUUCUAUAAAAACAACAAAAACAUUCAUUUAAACGUUUCAUUACUGGUUUUAGUUAACUUUUAAUGUUUUAUCUCUGAAACUCUAGCCUAUAAACUUAUUGUGCUCCCAAAUCAAACAAAAUAAAGUAGAAUAGAAUAGAAUAGACUUUAUUAAUCCCGCAGAGGAGGAAUUCACUCGUCACAGCAGCACAUACACUUAAGAGAAAAAUAAAAAUAAUAACAAGAAUAGUAAACACUCAAAGGCAAUAAGCUAUUAUUGUAACCUUCAACCACUAAAAACAACAAAUUAAAUGAUAAUACAUUAAAAAAAUACAAGGUUAAAUUUAAUAUUGCAUGUGACUGUGUCUUUUUUUAUCAAAAGAAGUUGAAGAUGAUUUUUUUCAAACGAGCAAUAAUCCCUUUUCCUGUCCACCAGGAUUUCUAUGGAGGUGUGCAGUCCCAACAUGAGUGAGAGUGGGGCUUCCCUGUUCCAGGUGAAGCAGCUCCCCUGCCACACCGUGCCCAGUCUCCGCCUGCAGGCUGGUGGACACUACACACACAACCUCCCCUCUUCCAGCUGCAAGCCACGGAUGAGCGACCCAUCUCUAGCUGUGGCCUCCUCUGUCGUACGCCACAGGGGGAGUGGAGCCACAACAGGUACCUGCAGCAGCCCAGAGUGUGCAGCCUCCAGGCUGGUGGAGGAGGUGGCAGAGGCUCAGGGCACCUGCAAGGGGAAAGUGGUGGUGACAGGAGGAGGGGGAUACUUUGGCUUCAGUCUGGGGAAAGAACUGGCCAGUGAAGGAAUGUCUGUGAUCUUUCUGGACUUGAACAAGCCUCUCUCAGAGAUUCCUGAUGGGACAGUCUUCUAUCAGAGUGACAUUCGGGAUUAUUCUUCUCUCUAUAAAAUUUGUGAAGGAGUCGAUUGCAUUUUCCACACAGCCUCGUAUGGCAUGUCCGGACCAGAACAGCUGAAGAAGGAGCAAGUGGAGUCGGUCAAUGUUGGAGGGACCAGUAAUGUCAUAAAUGUGUGUAAAGAGAGAGGUAUCCCCAGGCUGGUGUACACCAGCACCAUCAACGUUGUGUUUGGGGGGAGGCCGAUCGUGGAAGGGGAUGAGGCUUCAGUGCCAUAUGUGCCUUAUGAUUUGCACAUCGACCACUACUCUAGAACUAAAGCGGUAGCAGAGCAGAUGGUCCUCUUGGCCAACGGAUCCUCCCUGAAAGAUGGAGGCGUGCUGAGGACCUGCGUUCUGCGGCCGUGUGGUAUUUAUGGACCUGAGGAGAAGAGGCAUUUUCAGAGAGUGAUAAAAAAUGUGGAGCGCCGCCUGUUAAUCUUCAGGUUCGGUGACCCCAAAGCCAGGAUGAACUGGGUCCAUGUAGAUAACCUGGUUUUGGCUCACAAGCUUGCUGCUGAAGCACUCACACCGAAGAGGAGCUGUGUUGCUAGUGGACAGGCUUAUUUUAUUAAUGAUGGAGUUUCCGUCAAUCUGUUCGAGUGGAUGACUCCUUUGUUUGAGAAGCUCGGCUACACCAGACCAUCAAUAACUCUACCUGUCCCACUCGUCUAUUCAACAGCCAUCAUGGUGGAGUAUUUACACCUGAUCCUGAGACCAGUGAUAAAAGUGCCUCUCCUUUUUACCAGAAGUGAGGUCAAAAACAUCACAGUGAACCACACCUUCAAAAUAGACAAGGCCCGUCGAGAUCUAGGCUACAGCCCAAAGCUCUACAGCCUGGUGGACACCAUGGACCACUACCUGAAGACCAGACCGCCUCAGUCCAGCUCGUCUUCUUUCAUCAUGUCCUCAACCUCCCAGCUGCUCAGAUACCUCAUCCUCCUGAUGCUGAUGGGUCUCAGUCUGCUGCUCCUGAACUUCUGUGGCAUUCUCUAGCUAAACGGAUUUUACAGUAUUGGAUGGAGUUCUGGAAUAUCAUUUUUCUCAGGCAUUGGUGGCAGUCAUUUGGCAGGAAAUUAAAGGGUUUCAUUAGUCGUGGUGGUUAAUAUGAAAAAUAAAUAAAUCACAUAAUUAUCAGAACAGGGAUCAGUCUGGGUUAAAAUGUAAGCCUCUUCUAUUUUGAAAUUACAUAAACCUAAUUUAUUAAUGAUAAAAAAAACUAAAAUUAUAAUUAUGCAAAUUAUGUUUGGUUAUUUGUUAAAACUAUAUAGAAAUAUGUAAUUGAUUGUUACAUAUUUAUUAUUACUUAUUUAAUUUCUCAUUAUUUUUAAAAGCAUGCUUCCAGUUUGUAUAUUAAAGUGCUGUAGUGACUAAUUACUGCAAAUUACUAUUGACGUAGUAAUUUUGUACACUUUUUCAAAUAAAAGCAUUG